UUUGCGUGGGCGGGGCCUCCUGACCCGCUGGGAUCUGCACACUCUGAGCAACGCGCUGGCAUGGGCUGGUCGGGGGGCGUUCUGCGCACCCUGUGGAGCGCGCUGUCAAGAGAGGUGAAGCAGCACGUGGGCACCGACCAACUGGGGAACAAAUACUACUACAUCGCGGAGUACAAGAACUGGAGAGAGAGCAAACUGAGUGCCUCAUCCAUGCGUGCCAAAUUCUGUUCCACUAAGCUAGGACAAACUAUUCGAGAGAAAAGAAUAGUAGAAACAGCCAACAAAAAAGAACUGGACUAUGAAGUGGGAGAUAUCCCAACAGAAUGGGAAGCAUGGAUUAGAAGAACAAGAAAGACUCCACCUACUAUGGAGGAAAUACUGAAGAAUGAAAAAUACAGAGAAGAAAUGAAAAUAAAAAGCAAAGAGUUUUAUGAAAAAGAUAAACUCAGCAAAGAGACUAGUGAAGAACUCUUGCCUUCACCUGUUGCAACUCAAAUCAAAGGGCAUGCCUCCUCACCAGACUUUGGAAAGGAAGAACACUCGGUGGCUCCCACCAGCACUGGUAAAACUUUCCAGCCAGGAUCCUGGAUGCCACAAGAUGGCAAAAGACACAAUCAAUGAAUGUGCUGUGGUAAACCAUUUCAUUUACAUGGAUAUAACUAUUUUAACAAAUAAAAAGCUGAAAGCUGAUUGGUUUGCA